AUGUCUGAAGUCUCUGAGUUGGAGAAGUCUAUUCAAUUGUUAAAUGAGGAAAUUAAAUUGUUAGCAAAACAAGAAAAUGUAUUAAAGAAAAAAUUUGAAUAUGAUAGUGAAAUAAAAGCUAAUUCAAAAUAUAAAAAACCUAAUUUUCCAAAUUUCAUUCCUGAGUUACAAAAUGUAUUGACCUCAAAUUCUAACCACAAUUUUGAUGAGAGUAAAUCUAAUCUCAAUAGUGAUAAUAAUCAAUUAUAUUCAAAUGAUAACGAAGCUAGGAUAAGAAAGCAGAAAUUGAGGUCGAUUCCAGGACAACUAACAUUAGAACAUAAACUGUUUGAUGAUGAAAUAUCAAGACUUUUAAGUCCUGAAGUUGUAUCCUUACCAUCUCAACGACGUAAAAGAAUGAAAUUAGAAAGACCUAAUUUGCAUAUUAGAGAAAUUCUCAAGAAUUUUGUUAUUUUAGAAAUUGUUUAUAGAAUGGUGGGUAUAACCUUCUUCCCUGUUGUAGAUCCCACUGAUUUGGAAUUUCUUGAUACUAAAAAGUUGUUAAGUAUCAGAAGAGAAAUGCUAGGCAUAAGGCUUGAAAUUUAUAAUGAUUUGAUUUCUAGUUUUGAAAAGCCACAUUAUAUAUUACUGAAACAAUCUGAAAAAUCCAAAAUAUGGUCUAUAUUUAAAUAUACAAUACCGAAUUACAUCGAUAUCCAUUCUUUAUUUUUGAAAAUCAAUAAUGGGAUAAUUACGACAGAUUCAGAUAUAUUUUUAUUUGCUAAAGAUGUAUAUUCAGCCUUGUCCUCUAUUAGCAAAAAAAUUCAAUAUUUUAAGAAGUUGGAAAAUUUGAAAGUAUUUGAGAAUUUGAAUAUUGAUCUUAUUGGAAUUCAGAUAUCAUUUCUUUUCAAAAGUAUUUACAAUAUAAGGAUAUCUUUGAAAGAAUGGGAUAUUAUUACCUGCACAAUUGAAUCUACAGAGUCAUAUAUUAAUAAAGAAACAAGAACCUUUUAUAGAAAAUGGGAAAUACAAUUUCAGGGACCUAUCAAAAAAUUAGUAUCAAAAUUGGAACAAUUCAGACAAUCUAUUACAGAAGAGUAA